UUUUUUUUCUUCUUCAUCGCUCUUUCAUUUCAUUCCAUCCAAACUUCAUGACCUUACUAAAGACAACAUAGACGACGACUCCAAUACUUGCUAUCACCGUUAAAUUGUUCAACAUCGGUUAUACACUCACACAUACUUUUAUCAGAAUACAUUAUCAUUAAAUUAAACAUUUAUUACCCACCAUCUUUGCUUCCUUUGCCUUUUACACCUUGACAUCCAAUCUCACUCUUUAUUCAAACGCAUCUACACACACAUCCAUUAUGGUUUCUGAGGGAUAUACCUUCUGUUACUAUGUCUCUGGUCAUGGUUUUGGUCAUGCAACAAGAGUGAAUCAGAUCAUCACAGAGCUCCUAAAGUCACCCAAGUUGUCCUCUACAACUUCAGGAUCAUCCCCAUCUAUAUCUACAUCUUCCUCUUCCACUACAGAGCUGCAGGUCAGCUCUUCUUCUUCCAGUCGCCAUACUAUCUACAUUGUCUCAGAUGCACCUCAAUUUAUCUUUCAGGAUGUAAUUGCGCUGGGCGCAAUCUACAGGAACGCAAAAGUCGACGCAGGCGUCGUUCAGCCACUUGCUUAUUCUGUGGACAGAGAAAAGACAAUUGAAGGAUGCAAACAAUUCUUGUCGCGACGUGAUGAGAUGAUUCAACUUGAAGUUUCCUGGCUGGCCCAGGCUGGGAUUGACUGUGUCCUUGCCGAUGCCCCGUUUUUACCAUGUGCUGCUGCUAGCGCUUACGGCAUUCCAGCGAUUUUGAUCACAAAUUUCACAUUCGAUGAAGUGUAUCGGUUCCUGCAAGAGGGCGAUGCAUUGGAUAAGGAUGUGAUUGCGUGUGCAGAUGCAGCAUUGGAGGAUUACAAGAAGGCGUCUUUGUUACUUCGAUUGCCAGGAUCGAUUGAUAUCCCUUCAUUUGGAGCUGAAAUCCUGACCAUGGAAUUAGAAAAGUCUGCAUCAACGCCCAUCAUCACCACUUCUAAUAGCAGUGCUAGUCCAUCGGCCAUGUCUGGCCUUGAUGAGGCAGAAGAAGAAGAGACAUCCUAUGAAGAUGCUCAAAUCGAAGGACAUUUUAUUCAAAAGAAGAAGCGACAUUUCUCUGAGGAGCAAGAGGAUGCUGAGGAGUUUUCUUUGGGAACAUCGAUGGAAGAAGCCACACCUUCUGGAAUUAUGUCUCCUGCGAAUAGUGUCCGCACGACUGUCUCUUCACCGAAUAUGUCGCUCGUCAAUAGUCGUAGCAACAGCUCCUUCCACUUCACAAGCUCUUUCUCCUCUUCCUCUUCCUCAUUACCUUCAACAUCCACUUCUUCUUCUAAAUUGAAUUUACUUACCCGAAAGGCGAUCGAUGUCCCAUUGGUUGUUCGUAUGGCAGUCAACACGCGGGAAUAUGUAUUGAGAUCAUUAGGAAUGGAUGAAUUGACAAUUCAGACAAAGAAAGUGGCCCUGGUUUCAUUUGGAGGGCAACAAUUGAAAGAAGGAUGGGGUAAUCCUUUACCUGAGGGCUGGAUCGGAGUCAUCUGUGGGUUGCCUGCUGACUAUGAGUUACCUAAAGGAUUUUAUAGAAGUCCGCAUGGUGUUUAUGUUCCAGACUUGACACGAGCUGCAGACAUUGUCAUUGGCAAGCUGGGAUAUGGAACGUGCUCGGAGUGUAUUGCGCAUGAUAAGCCGUUAAUUUAUGUGUCUCGACCUCAGUUUGUGGAGGAGCAUGGGCUAAUCAAAAUGAUGAGGAAGCAUGGUCUACCUGUGGAGAUGACGGCAGAUGAAUUUGAGGAUGGACAUUGGCAGCGCGCGAUUUUGGAGGCUGAUCGACAGAAGCAGGAGGAAAUUGAAGAAUGUAGGCGUUAUGAGAAAGAGGGCUGUAACAUCAUUAGCAGCAGCAGUAGCAAACGAUCGCGUUGUCGAUCAACUUCAGUAUCAUCGUUAUCGACCUUUGGACCCAAGGGACCAAAGAUGGUACGGUUGUCUCCACCUGUAGAGGAAGAAGGCGAAGAGACUGAGGAGAGGACGUCGUUGACCCUGAAUAUUUUGGAUGACAGAAGUGAAAACUCUGAUAGACACAAACAUAGCGACAAUAACGGCAACAACAACAACAGCAACAACAACGGUGGCAACGAUAGCAACAACUAUAAUAACCAGAUCAUUAACCGCAAGAAGUGGAUCCCCAAUAAUGGCGGUGAAGUAUGUGCACAGUUGAUAGAGAAAUUUAUGGAGCAGUUGCAAGAGGCAUAUCAUAAUCAAGUAGAUGAUGGUGAUGACUAAAUGUCUCCCAAUAUUGGAAGAUC